CCGAGUGUCAGUUCCGAAGCUCUCAUAGAGCGAUCCAAGCUUCGCUACAUGAAUAUUCCACCCUCGGUUCACUAAAUGAAGAAACAUAUUAUCGCCGCUUCCUGCCAUAGUACUUUCUACCAAUCCUGAUCAAUCCCUUCCAAGGCACGAUACAUUCAAGGUCAAUAUCUUGAAGAAGCCAUUUUCCGAACCCGAACGCUGCGUAAUACUCAUUAUCUAAAUCGACGCCCUUAUCCAAAACAGUCCCGGUCCCGUCCGCACCUACCUCCCACUCUUAUCGUUAUCGCAUCCCACUUCUCCCGACUUCGGUCGAACAUCGCCCAUCCAAACAAUCGUCUGUGAUAAGAAGUGAGCGUCCAGCCAUUUUCGAAUCACGUUUUAUCCUUCUGAAAAGAAGAAAAUCUAUCGCAGAGAGUAGGAAUCAUGGCGCCCAAGGCCAACAUCCCCGUCAUCGACAUCGCCUCUACAGGCAUCGACAGAGCCGCCAUCGCGCGCCAGCUCGUUGACGCCGCUGUCGAGCAUGGCUUCAUCUAUAUCCGCAGCUCCGGAAAGUAUAUAAAAUUGGGCGAUAUCGAUACGGCCUUUGAUCUGUCCAAGAAACUGUUCAAGGCUCCUGUGGAGGAGAAAGCCGCCUGUUCCAUCCAAAAGAACAACCGCGGCUGGUCGGGCAUGCACUCUGAGACGUUAGAUCCCAAGAACCAAAGGGUCGGCGAUUACAAGGAGGCCUUUAACUUUGGCGAGUUUAAGGACGGCAAGGCCCAGCAACCGUUACCUCCGACCAUCCAGCCCGAUGAGCCCUUCAUCAACCUCUUUCGAGAUCAGUGCCACGCUCUCUGCCUUGAGCUCCUAGAGCUCCUCGGCAUCGGACUCGACGUCGAUCCCCCGAGCUUCUUCUCCUCAGCCCACCUCCGCUCUAAAGGCGACUCGGGCACGAUCCUGCGCAUGCUCUACUACCCGCCCACGUCCUCCACCACCGCCUCCGACGACGACGUCCGCGCUGGCGCCCACUCCGACUACGGCUCCCUGACCCUGCUCUUCCGCCUCCGCGGCCAAGCCGGCCUCGAGAUCCUUACUCGCGACAACGUCUGGGUCCCCGUACCCGUGACCCCGCCCGGCACGGAAUCCGACCCUUCCCCGCCCAUCCUCGUCAACAUCGGCGACCUGCUGAGCUACUGGACGAACGGGCUAUUCCGGAGCACCGUCCACCGCGUCGUGUUCGGCGGCGAAGGCGUAGACGGCGAGACGGACACGGGCCCCCGGUACAGUAUGGCCUUCUUCUGCCACCCUGUCGGGUCCGUGGCGCUGGACCCCGUGCCGAGCGAGAGGGUCAAGGGAUUCGUCGCACCUGAGGGGACGCCGAAUGCGAACCCGUAUGCGGAGAGGAAAGUUCUCACCGCCGACGAGCACUUAUUCAUGAGGUUGAGGGAGAGCUACAAGGGGCUGUACAAGGAGGAGGCCACGGCGUCGUCAUGAGUUUGGAGGAUAAGGUGAUAGCCAGUAAUUUUCUAUUUGUAGCUCACUACCGAGCGGCUU